CGGGAGGCGCAGGCGCAGUGUCCCCGGGGCCAAGAUGGCGGCGCGCUGCUCCACGCGCUGGUUGUUGGUGGCGUCUCCGCGGCUGCCGGCUGCAGCGGGAAGAGGGGCCCGGCCGCCCAGGGGAGGCGUGGUGGGGGCGUCGCUAGGCCGCAAGCUGGUCACCGCCCUCGCGCCUUCCCUGGGAGGUCGCGGCUCCGGGGCGCUGCUGACAUUGAGAUCUGAUGUCAGCCUCACAGGAGUCAAAAGUUACCCUUUUGUUUGCACUGCCUCCUUCCACACAAGCGCCCCUUUGGCCAAAGAGGAUUAUUACCAGAUACUAGGAGUGCCCCGAAAUGCCAGCCAGAAGGAGAUCAAAAAAGCCUAUUACCAGCUUGCCAAGAAAUACCACCCAGACACGAAUAAGGAUGAUCCCAAAGCCAAGGAGAAGUUCUCCCAGCUGGCAGAAGCCUAUGAGGUGCUGAGUGAUGAAGUGAAGAGAAAGCAGUAUGACGCCUACGGCUCGGCUGGCUUCGACCCCGGGGCUGGCAGUGCCGGGCAGAGCUACUGGCAAGGAGGCCCCACUGUGGACCCAGAGGAGCUCUUCAGGAAGAUAUUUGGGGAGUUCUCGUCAUCGUCUUUUGGAGAUUUCCAGAGUGUAUUCAGUCAGCCUCAGGAGUACAUCAUGGAGUUAACCUUCAGUCAAGCUGCCAAGGGUGUCAACAAGGAGUUCACCGUGAACAUCACGGAUACCUGUGAGCGGUGUGAUGGCAAGGGUAAUGAGCCGGGCACCAAGCUGCAGCAUUGCCAUUACUGCGGAGGCUCCGGCAUGGAAACCAUAAAUACAGGCCCUUUUGUGAUGCGCUCCACAUGUCGGAGAUGCGGUGGCCGAGGCUCCAUCAUCACGUCUCCCUGUGUGGUGUGCAGAGGAGCAGGGCAAGCCAAGCAGAAGAAGAAGGUGGUGAUCCCUGUGCCUGCAGGAGUUGAGGAUGGCCAGACUGUGAGGAUGCCUGUGGGAAAAAGAGAAAUUUUCAUCACAUUUAAGGUGCAGAAAAGCCCCGUGUUCCGGAGGGACGGUGCAGACAUCCACUCCGACCUCUUUAUUUCCAUAGCACAGGCCCUUCUCGGGGGCACAGCCAGAGCACAAGGCCUGUAUGAGACAAUCAGUGUGACGAUCCCUCCUGGUAUUCAGGCAGACCAGAAGAUUCGGAUGGGCGGGAAAGGCAUCCCCCGGAUUAACAGCUAUGGCUAUGGAGACCACUACAUUCACAUCAAGAUAAGAGUUCCAAAGAGACUGACAAGCCGGCAGCAGAGCCUGAUCCUGAGUUACGCUGAGGAUGAGACCGAUGUGGAGGGGACUGUGAACGGCAUCACCAGUACAAGCGCUGGUGGUAGCACCAUGGAUAGCUCCGCAGGAGGCGAGGCUAGGCCUGAGGCUGGGGAGGACCAGGAGGGACUCCUUUCCAAACUUAAGAAAAUGUUUACCUCCUGAUAUCCCAGCCAGGAAAACGAUCCACAGGAAACUAGGCUGGGAGUAGCCGCCUCUCCUUGUGGCCCGGCACCUUGGAGACAGGAGGAUUCCAGAAGAGCAGCCCUGAGCCUCUGCCUGCCUGCAGAGGCCCUGGGAGGCCUUGGCGACAGCAAAAUCAUGGCCCAGCACACCUCCCCACGGAACUGGCACGGCGGACAGCCCCAGGCAGGAAGGCGCAGCACUUGUAAGGGCUGGUAGAAGUUUCCUGUCUGUGGGUAGGUAACUGGGCCUUUUCUGUCUCAGGCAGAGUAAGACAGCUGGAUAUUCUUGCAGAGCUAAAACUCUUAAUUUGAAAUUGAAUGUGGUAGAGAUCUUAAAGAAUUAAAGGCCAUGCUUACAGCUUAAAAAUGAAGCCUUAAGCUGCACCGAGUUCUGAAGCAAUUAAUUUCCCUCUUAUCAAACCUCUGGGAGGGUCUGGAAUGAGUCUUCCCUGACAGGUUGUCUUUUCAAGGAACCUGGCCCGCAUGCCCACCAGUGUCACCCACCCCUCAGCAGAACUGUCCCUUGCUCUUGGGGUUCAAUUCUCAAGAUACCAAGCAGCUGAAACGUGGGUGCCUUAGGGCCUAGGGAGGCAUGUACAAAGGGUCCCUGGUGAUGCCACUCCUGACCACGUGGGCCGUGAUCUUUGUCAGGAUGGACAGUCCUUCCUCCUGCUCUACGUGGGGUGGCCUCUUGUCCCCGAAUAUUGUGUUAAUGUUGUUCUAUGCCAGGUGUGUGUGGGGCACCUGCCUAACUGCUGGACCAUAGGCAGCUGUGGCUGUGGCCUGGGCCACACGAAUGGCCUCCUCAACCCAAGCCCUGCCCCCGCUGCCUGCUAGGGGCACGGCUCUCACCACUACACUGUUGACAUCUGCUCUCAGUAGUGUGCUUAAAUUAUUCAAUGCUAAAAACCAUCAUCUUCCUGUAUAAAUAUUUGUUCAGAAAAGGAAAGCGUAGUCUGAGCAGUAGAAUGGUCUCCACCGUCCAGUCAGAGAACACUGUCCCCAGCCUUGGCUUGUAGGACGUGUGGGUUCCAUGUGUGUCCAGAUCUGCCUGCUGUGGUAAGACAGGCUAAUGGAGAAAACUUCUGAAUAGUUUCCUUUUUGUUUUCCUUCAUAAUUUACUAAAAUAAAGCAUCUACUACUGUCUGA